UAAUAUUUAAGACGUUUUAUAUUGGUACAUGAUCUAUCUGAAAUAUUAUUAAAUAAAAGGCAACUACAAAUUUUAUUAGUUCCUUUUAAAAUUAUGGUGAUUACUGAAAAAAUUAAUUGGUUAUGUGUCAGCUUAAUGGCAUCAUUGAUUUUUACCUGCUCCUUGGCGGUCCGAAAUAGUAAUCAUCGCGUAGACUGUAAUCCACCUGAUGCGAUACCAAAUGGUACUUUUAAGAUGAGGCGAAACAACAUGCUAAUGCGAAUCAACUGCAACACUGGUUAUUGGCUCAAUGGAAAUCGAAUUAUAGAUUGCAAAAAUGGGAAGUGGUACGGAGAAAAAUCAGUAUGCGCAAAAAAAGGAUGUAAUACCGACUUUCAGAAACCAGAAAACGGUAAUAUUCAAAUCAUAAGUGAAUACAAGGCCAUGCUUUUCUGCAAUCAAAACUAUGUAUUAACUGGUAGUCGACUUGCUUUCUGCAAUGGAACGCACUGGGAUAGACAGAUUGGUGAAUGUAAAAAGAAAAAGAGUAGUAGUAACUUAUACUGCGAUUUCGAGCCUGAGGAUAGCUGUGGAUGGGCACAUCAACUUGGCACAAUAUAUUACUGGAAACGUGUUAUGGCCGCAAAUUUGUUUAAAUCAUAUCACACUGGCCCAUUGCAUGACCACACAACUCGAAACGCUUAUGGUGGUCAUUACAUGUUAAUGGAAGACUGGGGUACAGGGCAAGGAGAAACCAUGAAACUAAUUUCACCAAUAUACUCACUUGAAUUGACGGUAGAUCAUAACUGUUGCUUUCAGUUUUAUUACUUUAUGUAUGGCGUAGGUGUCGGAACAUUGUUUGUAUACAUAAUGCCGGUGACUGCUAAUUUGGGAGAAUUGGAAACUAAUGAUAAAAUAUAUCGGGCGUUUAAGAUAAGUGGCCAGCAAAACAAUAUUUGGAAUGAAGCUCAUUUCAAAGUUCCAAAAAUGUCUGAGGAUUUUCAAAUAAUAUUUGUUGCUACAGAAGGAAUAUCUCAUUUCAGUGACAUUGCUAUCGACGAUGUGCGACUGUUCGCUGACAGAAAUUGUACAGGCCUUCAAAAUAUCUCUAAUGAAGAAAUUGGUUCUAAGUAUCUAACAGAAGAAUCAAUUAACUCUUAUGAAUCAUGCGAAUCACGUUGCAAUGAAAAACAUUUAACUAACGGUGUAGUGCGAAAUAAUAGAGAAUUAGUUAUGUUAUGCAAUUGCCAUUCCGAAUGUCAGAUAGAAGACAGCUGUUGUUUGGAUUACACCACAUUUUGUUUAGAUGAAUUCUUAACAUAA